AUGGGUAUCGGUGAUGGCGAUAACAACCAAUCAACACGACCACGACGGGCAGCUGCAGCAGCAACCCAAGAAGCCGAUCCCGCUUAUCUUUGGAAUGAAACGUCACCACUGUCACCGGAGAGUCCCCAAAAGCCUACUCGUGCCGAAAUAACACACGAAACCCUCCCAGUAACGGAUGCAUCGAAUACCAAUGCAUCGAGUCCAAUAACGAAGAAGGAUAUUAUAGCCUCUCUGGAUGCAUUAACAACUUCUGUAAAUGCUGUCCAUCAGAAGUUGGACAAGUCGCGCCACGCCCAACUGUGCCUUAUAAAACGAGAUCAGCGGAACUCCAACCGUCUUCAGUUGUUGGAGAGUAUGUUAAGCGAUGCACCCAAUCGCGGAAUUGGACCGGCCUCCACAAGGACUGCCAAUCCCCUACGAGAACCAAUUGGCAACCUCUCCCAAUUUGAAGAGGUAAACAAUCUACUACGGGAACCGGCUUUCCAUCAACAAAUGGCCUCAUACCUAAGAUGCUUCAGUGGACGUGACACUGAAGAUUUUGCGCGCCGCAUAUACACCACUAUUUUCGAAGAUAGUAUAGCGGCCGCCGUAAACUUUCAAGGGCGAAAGAACAAGGCAGCGCUGGGAUCCUCUAUUUUAUAUGGACCAAUUAAAGGUGAGUGGUCGCGUUUUUACGUGAAAGUCUACUUUUUCAGAUUUAUAGAUUGA